CACAAAGCUCCCAGUCUGCAUGUUCAUGGGUGUGCCGACGAAUGUUUAGGCUGAAGAUUCGCUCUGACUGAAUCUCCGUGCAGAAGUCGAUCAGCCGUCAUGAGUUACGCAGUGUCCACUACAGUUGCAGUGACGGUUGGAGUGGUGCUGGUCUCAACAGCAGGUCUGCUGGGUUAUUAUUACUUUAACAGGAAAAGGAAACCACAGAUUACCCUGAUUAAUCCUUCCGAAAAAUACAAAUUGAGACUAGUAGACAAAGAGAUCAUAAGCCAUGAUACCCGCAGGUUUCGGUUUGCCCUGCCCAGCCCAGAGCAUAUUUUGGGAUUACCAGUAGGCAAGCAUGUUUACCUCUCUGCCAGGAUUGAUGGUAAUUUGAUUGUGCGUCCCUACACACCAGUGUCCAGUGACGAUGACAAAGGAUUCGUUGACAUCGUUGUAAAGAUUUAUUUUAAGAAUGUAAACCCAAAGUUCCCAGAAGGGGGAAAGAUGUCCCAGUACUUGGAGAGUUUGAGGAUCGGAGAUGUGAUUGACUUUAGAGGACCAGGAGGUUUGCUGGAGUACAAGGGCCAAGGUCAGUUCGCUAUACAGGAUGAUAAGAAGACCCCUGCUGAGACUAAAACUGCAACAACGUUGGGUCUUAUAGCUGGAGGAACAGGCAUUACGCCAAUGUUGCAGCUGAUUCGUGACAUCAUUAAAAAUCCAAGUGACACAACGACAUGCAGCCUGCUGUUUGCCAACCAGACUGAGAAAGACAUUCUGCUGAGGGAUGAACUGGAGGAGAUUCAGGCGAGGCAUCCAGAUCGCUUCAAACUCUGGUUCACGGUGGACAGAGCUCCUGCAGAAUGGGAGUACAGUCAGGGCUUCAUUAAUGCUGAGAUGAUUCAGGAGCACCUGCCUCCACCCAGCGAUGACUCUAUGAUCCUCAUGUGCGGUCCACCUCCCAUGAUCCAGUUUGCUUGUAAUCCCAACCUGGACAAACUGGGCUACCGGCAGAGCCAACGCUUCACCUAUUAGACCGUUCUCAAAGCUCAGGGCCCAGACACAAUUUACUCUAAAGAUACUAAAUUGCGCACAAUCGUAUUUAAGCAAAUAUGGCAUUACAAAUCUGAUCAUAUAUAUAGGAAAUAUCCAUUUUAUGGACAGUAUAUAAUAAAUAUUAAAUGCCUAAGUGCUAGUCCGUCCAGGCAUAAUUGGUUCUUCAUAUUAAAAGCCUGUAAUUCUGUAAUACAAUACAGAGAUGGUCUUUUUACUGACUACAGUGGCUUGAUAUGCCUAUAAGCUUAUAAUAAUAUAAUCGAAUUUAAUGCACUUAAAAAGGCACGUGUGUUAAGUCACCUGCUUCCUGAAUAUUAUAAUUAAUGUGCCUGACAUAGCUGGCUUUCAUGUUUGAUGUAUGUAUACAUUGUUAUACAAUGCCUUUGCUGUCACUGGAGUAUUUUUGUAUGCAUGCUACACUCCUUACAUGUUUAUGUUAAAAUGCAAUUCAGUUGUUUCAUAUCAAAUGCACUAAAGAAGAAGAAACAAAGAAGUGCUUAUUAAAGUGUUUUCACUGGCA